CAACCAUGCUGAGGCUGCUAUGGAAUUUCAUUCGACCAUCCAAUAAUUUGAUUAUUACAAACAAACCAUAUACUACACCCAUCUUCGAACCUAACAAUCGCUACGGAAUUCCACGUAGCUUUCAGCACUUGCAUUAUUAUGUUCAUAUAUGAUAUAUAUUCAUACAGGUCUCUGUUUAUGGCCGGCCUCAGUCGUAAUAAAUAUCGAACCCCAAAUCAUCCUUCGAGCAUCCCCAACUCUGCAAGCUACCUUCAACCUCAAAACCCUCCGAGGCUUAGACUUGGCCAUCUCAAUUCCACUUAAGAUGGAUAAACGAUUCAAGCUCAAGCUCAAAUUCCCUCGAGUUAUUCCUAUGAUCCACUUUUGCCGUCCUAAACACAACCCCAAUAAUCCGGCGGUAGUUCCAGCAAUUUACCGUCUGUCCCCGAUGAACCCGAAAGUCGAGGACAUCGGCUACCCCAGCAUCAUCCUGCCGGGACCACCACCAUCAACACCGGAGAACACUUCCGUCAAGCGCCACGUGUCUUCCGGCACCACGGCGGUCGGCUGCGGAUGCAGCGGGUCUAGGUCAUGGACACGAGACCUCUUGUACUCCAGCAUCGAAUCACCAGAGUAUGAAGUUAAUGCAACGCCGCAUUUGAUGACUGAAAAGUACUACAACGAUAAGAAGAACAAGAGCAGCAAUGAGAAGAGGAGGAAGAAACCGAAAGCGAAAGCCAGUCUUCCUUCAUCGGAAAGCAGUAACCGCUGGUUUAGCAGCGAAGAGGAGAAUGAAGAGAGCGAAACCCCAAUCUAUUCUUCGAGAAGCUUCUCGACAGACUUUUCAGCUGUGCUCGAGACUAUAAGCGAGGUAUCAGACAAACAAAGUAGCAAAACGAAGAAGAGCAAUUAUAAGGUUAGGAGACUGAACCGAUGCGUGUCAAAGAACUGGAAAGAAGCAGAGAAAUCAUCAACUGGUGAGAUAGGGAAGAUCAAGUCGGUGUUCCAGCCGAUGAGAGUGUGCAGGAGAAAAGGGAUGGUAAAGGACAGCAUGGCAGUGGUGAAGAAGUCGGAGGAUCCGUUCGAGGACUUCAAGAGGUCGAUGAUGGAGAUGAUAAUGGAGAAGCAGAUUUUCGAGGCAAGAGAAUUAGAGGAGCUGCUACACUGCUUCCUGACCUUGAACUCGCGCCAUUAUCAAGGAGUCAUAGUUGAGGCCUUCUCGGAGAUAUGGAAGCUCGUGUUUUCAGACACACCCUCAACGUCAAGUGAGUUCUACUGUUUUGCGGAUAAGUCCCAAACAGACCAACUGUCCAAGUUGAAGAUCUGAUACUGCCGUUGCUAUCCCUUGUGUUUUACUAGAGUUUCAAUAAUAAAAGAUUGAGUGUUACCUAAUUUUA